AUGGUCGUCCAGCGAACAGUGGUCGUCGGAGCGGGCCCUGUCGGCGCCCUCGCCGCUCUUUAUGCGGCCCAGAGAGGAGACGAAGUGGAGGUCUAUGAGCUGAGAGGAGAUUUACGGGAUCCGUCCACAACACCGCUCAACUUCACAAAAUCCAUCAACCUUGCUCUUUCCGAGCGUGGCAUCAAUUCCAUGCGGCUGCUCAACCGCUCUGGGUUGAUUGACUCUGUCUUGAGUGAAACCAUUCCCAUGCAUGGACGCAUGAUCCAUGGCAGCAAGAACGGAGAGAACUACGAGGAAUCGCAAGCGUAUGAUAUACAUGGCCGAGCCAUAUUGGCAGUAGACCGCCACAACCUGAACAAGCGCCUCCUGGAUGAGCUUGAGGACAUGCCCAACGUGAAACUGCUCUUCAACCACAAGCUCGUUGGUGCAGACUUCAAGAACAACACCGCCUGGUUCGAAGAUAUGACCAAGAAAGACCAAUCAAAUCCUUUCCAGGGUCCAACAACAGCGUCAGGUUACAGGGAAAUCGAGAUCAAGUUUGACUUCAUGAUUGGCGCUGAUGGCGCCCAUUCUGCUGUUCGCUACCACAUGAUGAAGUUUACACGCAUGGACUAUACCCAAGAAUACAUUGACACCCUCUGGUGUGAAUUUCACAUCAAACCGGACUCGUCCAACACCUCCAAACAUGGCGGCUUCAAAAUAUCCCCCAACCACCUACACAUCUGGCCUGGCGGUUCGUUCAUGUUCAUUGCCAUCCCCUCGCUCGACAAGUCUUUCACAUCGACCCUCUUCCUCCCGGCCGACCGCAUCGCCGAAAUCAACGCCGACCCUCGGAACCGGCUGGUGCCCUUCUUCCAAGCACACUUCCCCGGCGUCGUCCCGGAGCUCAUCUCAGCGGAAGACCUGCAACGCCAGUACCUCGAGAACCCGCACCUGCCGCUCAUCAGCAUCAAAUGCGCGCCAUACCACGUCGGCAGCUCAGCCGUCAUCGUCGGCGACGCGGCGCACGCGAUGGUCCCGUUCUACGGCCAGGGGAUGAACGCGGGUCUCGAAGACGUGCGGACGCUGUACGACUGGCUCGACCGCUUCGUGCCGCCCGCGCCCGCGACGUCCAAGGUCGAGGACAGCCAGUACGUGCUGGUCAGCGGCGACGCGGCAGAGCGCGCGAAGCAGCGCGCCAGGGCGCUGGAGGAGUACUCGCGCUUCCGCCGCCCGGACGCGCACUCCAUCAACGACCUCGCGCUCAGGAAUUACCAAGAGAUGCGGUCGGACGUCAAGUCGCCGGUUUACCGCCUGCGAAAGGCGGUUGAGGAGUGGUUGAGCGUGUGGUUCCCCGGCUCGGGCAUCGCGACGCAGUACUCACGGGUCAGCUUCGGAAACGAGCGGUACUCGGUGGUGGAGAAAGUGGUGGAGAAGCAGGGCAAGGUGCUGCUGGCGGGGAUGUCGGGCAUGCUGGUUGGCACGGUGGGCUGGGUCGCGUGGCUGGCGUGGAAGAUGAACAGGGUCGAUGACGGCUCGAAGAACGCCGCCAUUUGGCUGGGAAGAACGAUAAAGGAGAGCGCUAGGAAGUUCGUUUAA